GCUUCCAUCACAGGACUUUCUUGCAAGCCUUGCAAUAUAUAUAUCUCUCUCUAUAUAUUUGUAUAUAUGCGAGAGGAGUUCUUUUGUAUAUAUAAUUAAAUUUCCAACCUAUCUCUUCUCAUAUUCGUUACCUCUCAUAAAAUUCACAGUAAACAACUCUCUCCCUACCAUGGCGUCAACUCAUAUCGAAAACACUGUUUCUGACAUUCUGCUAUCGUCGGUGGUGCCGGGUAGGGUUACCGGAGAGGACAAGGUGCAUGAGCUCACAAACAUGGACUUGGCAAUGAAGCUUCACUACAUUAAAGGGCUCUACUUCUUCAAGAGUGAAGCAAUGGAUGGGACGGACAUCUUUAAGUUGAAGGAGGCAAUGUUUCCUUGGCUAGUUCUGUACUCCCCCAUCUCCGGGAGGAUCCGGCUGCCGGAGAAAGGACGGCCGUUCAUCAAGUGCAACGACGGCGGUGUACGGAUCGUCGAAGCAAAGUGUAGCAGAACCCUUGAGGAAUGGCUUGGCAUGAAGGAUCGUUGUCUUGAUGAUCAACUUGUUUACAACCAUGCCCUUGGUCCUGAUCUCAAUUUCUCGCCUCUUGUUUUCAUUCAGUUAACAUGGUUCAAGUGUGGAGGACUCUCGGUGGGACUCAGCUGGGCCCACAUCCUUGGGGAUAUUUUAUCAGCCUCAGACUUCAUCAACAUGUGGGGCCAGAUCUUGGCAGGUAAUUCCCCAACUCAGUCCCUCGACAUGCCAAACGAUGGAAAACCCCAAUUCCCUUCUCCCCUUGCCAAGAAACCAUUUUCCGUGGAAAAGGUGGACCCUGUUGGGGAUUAUUGGCUCAGUGCCAGUAACUGCAAGAUGGAAACACAUUCUUUUCAUGUGACCCCAAAACAGCUCAACCACGUAUUCGUUAAGGCUUGUGGAUUAAACCAAGUUGCCAAAGCCCCACAUUUCGAACUCCUUUCAGCCUUGAUGUGGAAAUCUUUUGCCAAAGUUGGGGGGAAUUCGGUUCCGAGGAUUGUGACAAUUUGCAACAAUAAUUCUCACAGGAGGGAGAAUGAAAACCCUAGCAAUGGCCAAGUGAUUAGCAUUGUUAGAGCGGAUUUCUACAUUGAGGAUGCCAAUUUAUCCGAAUUGAUGAAGCUGAUUGACGAAGAAAGGAUGGACGAGGGAAAAAUGAUUGAGGAAUUGGUGGAAAUGGAGAAUGGAAAAUCGGACUUUUUAGUAUACGGGGCAAACCUAACAUUUGUAAAUUUGGAAGAGGCAAAUAUGUACGGGCUGAAAAUGAAUGGGCAUGCCCCGGUUUUUGUAAAUUAUACGAUUUCUGGGGUCGGCAACAAAGGGGUUGUUUUGGUGCUUCCAGGGCCGAAAAAUCUCGAAACGGGAUGUCAAGAAGGGAGAACGAUAACCGUGAUCCUGCCGGAAAAUCAAAUGUUGGAGUUGAAAAAUGAGCUCAGAGAAGAGUGGAGUAUUAUUUGAAAUCAAUAGCAUUUGAUUAAAUUAUUAUUUUGACUUGUUGUAAAAAGGAUUAGUCGAGUGCGCGAGUUUCUGGUCGGGGUCUUUUCUUUUUCUGGCAAACUAAAAGAUGGAGGACUUAAGUAUCGGAAGAGUUGGACACUUUAUCAACUAAAUCACUAAAUAAGACAAUUGGGGGUGUGAUUAAUUAUUUUGAUUUUAGUAUGCUAGGCUGCUAGCUAGUAAAAUAAGAGUUGGCCUAAAUAAAUCAUAUCGAUCACCAAGAUCUUAUAUGAAAUGAGCCACAUGUAUAACAGUGUAUUGUUACAACAUAGCUUCUUUAUGAAUUGACAAAAUCUUAUUAGCAGUCAACCACCAAGCUGGUUCAGCUUGGUUCAAGUGGGGAUAAGCUAAUAUUGUUGUCUUGUUCACUGUAAUGGUACAGGACGCGUGUGUAAGAAUUUAUUUGCUUUGAAAUAUUGGAUGGCUUGCCGAGAAUUGUAUA